AUGGCAGCAAAUGCGAACCAGGUUUUUAUUGCCGUUAUCGGCGCAGGAGGUGUUGGCAAAUGCUUCCUGUCUCAGCUCCAGAGUCUGGCUGCUCGUAGACCCUCGCCUAAGCUAACUCUUUGCUACCUGGCGACUAGCCGCAAGGCCCUCUUCAACGACGAUUACUCUGCUGUCAACAUGGACAAUGCUCUGGAUUCCCUAUCGGCUUCGUCGCGUACCCCACCACCACUGCCUCAAGUUAUCGAAUACCUCGCUGCCGCCCCAGCCAAGACCAUCCUCGUCGACAAUACCAGCUCUCAGGAUGUGGCCGACCACUACCCUUUGGCUCUCAGCCGAGGUGUGAGUGUCGUCACACCGAACAAGAAGGGAUUCUCGGGCUCCUACCAGCUUUGGCAAGAGAUCUUCAUUGCGUCAUCUACGUCUGGCGCCAAGGUCUACCAUGAAUCUUCCGUCGGCGCUGGACUUCCCGUCAUUUCGACUUUGAAGGACUUGGUCGACACUGGUGACAAGGUUACCAAGAUUGAAGGAGUGUUCAGCGGUACAAUGUCGUUCCUCUUCAACUCGUUUGCACCCACCGAGGGCCAAGGCGGUCGCUGGUCGGACGAAGUUAAAAAGGCCAAGUCCUUGGGAUACACUGAGCCCGACCCCAGAGAUGAUUUGAACGGUCUUGAUGUCGCCAGAAAGCUCACAAUCUUGGCCCGUCUGGCCGGCUUGCCGGUUGAAUCGCCUACGUCUUUCCCAGUGCAGAGCCUCAUCCCCAGCCAAUUGGAAUCUUGCACAAGUGGUGAUGAAUUCUUGGAGAAGCUGCCUGAAUUUGACGAUCAAAUGGAAGAGACCAAGACUGCCGCCGAGAAAGCUGGCAAAGUCGUUCGAUUUGUUGGUAGCAUUGAUGUCGCUAGCAAGUCUGUCAAGGUCGGACUGGAACAGUUUGAUCGCUCACACCCUAUUGCAGCUCUCAAGGGCAGCGACAAUAUCAUCAGCUUCUACACUGAGAGAUAUGGCAACAACCCACUUAUUGUUCAAGGCGCUGGAGCUGGAGGCGAUGUCACCGCAAUGGGUGUGACAGCUGACUUGCUCAAGGUUAUUUCCCAACUGUCUUAA